AUGUGCAGAUUAAGGGCGCCAAGGAGAAUGGGCAGCCUGCGGCGGUGGCGGGCGGCGGCGCCGCCGCCGCAGCCGUCUGGCAGCGAGGCACUGGAGCCGGCCACGCCGCUCCUGCGGGACGACUGGUCCGAGCACUUCCCCUUCUUCACCUCGCUGGGCGGGUUCGGGGGCAGCUCGGACGGCGCGAGGGGCCUCACCAGCGUCGGCCUGUCCAAUUCUGAGUCCAGGCCGGACAGCGUGACGCAGCGCGGCUUGGACCAUGAUGCAGAAGAGAGGGUGGAGGAGCUCACACUGAAGAAUUGCAUCAACGCUGAUGUCCAGCCCGAUGUUUCUGCUGGUGGGAGCACAAGCAGUGGGGAUAGGCCUACUGUUAUUAAGGGCCUGUGGGGUAACUUCACACGGAUGGCCCGGAGAACUAGCGAUUUGGCCAGCAGGGAAAACGCCGCCGCACUGAGUUAUGGUGACAUUGCAAACUUGAGGGCUGCUGAUGCUUCUAGCAGGGAAAAUCUGGCGACGAGCCUUGCCAACAAUAUCAUCUCAAGGAACAACGAUGUGUCUGGCAAUGAGCCACCUGUGAGUCGUGUUGGAUAUGUCAAUAAUGAGUUCAUGACGCCUUUUCGCAGCCAGCAGAUUCUCUUGUCUCCAUGGUCUAAUCAGGACAGUGCUCCUCAAGUAAGCAGCUUCUCGAACAGGAUUCUUGACCGGAUGAGAAGUAAGACUGUGGCACCCCCAUCUGGGGCUCUAGGAUCACCACUUCAAAGCAAAUCAAAAGGUAAAGGGGUUGCGUACCAAGGCGCACGGGAGGAGAACCAAGUGCAAGCUAAUGCAAGACCCAGAGACCCUUUGGACAAGAUUCCGACUAUUCCUACCUCAGUUCAUGAUUCUAUGGCCAGAGUGGACCCUAUGCUUUUCAGUACUGAUGGAAAUGUUUCGAAACCCCACUCCGAGGGAACUAGCCUGAGAGAACUGAUUAAGCCUGGGCGGCAAACAAUGACCAAGUUUGAGAAAAUGCAUUUGUUUAAGCAAAUCCUUGAUCUUGUGGAUAAGCGUCACGCACAGGGUUUUACUUUACAGCAUUUGCGACCGUCAUAUUUUACGACCCUAUCUUCAAAUCAAGUUAAAUAUAUCAGUUCUUAUACUACACAAGAUUUGCCAACAUCAAUCAAACAAGAGGUUGCUAGAGAAGAUCUUGUGAAUAGAAAAAGGGCUUUUGGCCAUAGAAUUGAUCACCAAGGGUCUAAUGGCCAUGGAAAUUUGAUGCUGAAGUAUCAAAAGGUUGGUGAGCAAGGCUCAGUUGCUACCAGGCGACCAGCAAAUAUGUUUUGGACUGACCAAAUAUGCGACAAUCAAAAUGAAGAUGCCAAUCCAGGUGUUUCGAGGCAAGAAAAUUUUAGUUACACUGCCAGAGAACGUUUUAAGUUCGUCGAACCAUAUGGCAGUAAUACAUCUUGUGCUCAACAUAUAUCUAGUUCUGGCACCCAACAAUCAGAAUUUGAAUUGAGGAAUCUUGAGGAAAGCUGGUACAAAAGCCCAGAGGAGCUCAGUCAAUUUAAAGGGACAUUCCCAUCAAACAUCUACAGCCUUGGGGUUCUUCUAUUCGAGCUCUUUUGCUGUUCCGAGACAUGGGAGGUGCACUGUGCUGCAAUGUCAAAUCUUCGCCAACGCAUCCUGCCUCCAAAUUUUCUUUCAGAAAGUCCCAAGGAGGCUGGCUUCUGCCUUUGGUUACUGCAUCCAGAUCCUUGUUCAAGACCAAAAGCAAAAGAGAUUCUUGGAUGUGACUUGAUAAAUGAGGGUCGGGAUUUGUCCUUGUUAGAUCAGACACCAGUUUCCAUCAGUGAAGAUGACACUGAAUCUAGUUUGCUACUUAACUUCCUUUCUCAAUUGAAAGAAGAAAAGGAGAUGCUGGCUGCCAAGUUAUCAGCAGAGCUUGGAAGCUUAGAAACAGAUAUCACAGAGGUUGAGAGAAGACACUCAGCAAGAAUGAGAUUGAGUUUAGAGGACACGGAUGUACUGCCAAGUUCUGGUGCUUUGUCAGGAGCUUCUGUGAGUGCCCUUCAAGGUGCAUUGCUCUCAGGUUUGCUACCGGCAUCGUGCAAGUCGAGCAUAUAUGUGGAGAGGGUAAUGAGGAAUUUGGUGCAGCUUGAAAAUGCAUAUUACUCCAUGAGGUCCUCCGUGGACACCUGUGAAACUAAUGCAAUCAAACGUCCAGAUAAUGAGGCAUUGAGGGUCCGUGAAAAUUUCCAUCAACUUCACAGUGAUUCUGAUGCUAAGGGUGAGAAAACAGACCGUCUUGGAUGCUUUUUUGAUGGUUUAUGCAAAUAUGCCCGGCACAAUAGGUUUGAGGUACGAGGAAUUCUGAAGAAUGCAGAUAUACUUAACUCUCCGAAUGUCAUCUGUUCGUUGAGUUUUGAUAGGGAUGAAGAAUAUUUUGCUGCUGCUGGAGUUUCAAAGAAAAUAAAAAUAUUUGAAUUUGAUGCACUCUUAAAUGAUCGUGUUGAUAUUCAUUACCCACUGGUAGAGAUGCCUAGCAAGUCCAAGCUUAGCUGUGUCUGUUGGAACAACUAUAUAAAGAACUACCUGGCAUCAACAGACUAUGAUGGCACUGUUCAGCUAUGGGAUGCCAGCUCUGGUCAAGGAUUCACACAGUUUACAGAGCACCGGAAAAGGGCUUGGUCUGUGAGUUUUUCAGAAGUCGACCCUACUAAGUUGGCAAGUGGUAGUGAUGAUUGUUGCGUGAAAGUAUGGAGUAUUAAUCAGAGAAAUUGUAUUGAUACAAUCAGAAAUGUGGCGAAUGUAUGCUGUGUACAAUUCUCUCCAUACUCCUCCCACAUGCUAGCUUGUGGUUCAGCUGAUUACAAGAUAUACUGUUAUGAUCUGAGGAACACAAGGAUACCUUGGUGUACUAUUUCGGGACAUGGAAAAGCUGUCAGUUAUGUAAGGUUCUUGGAUCCAGAAACACUUAUCUCUGCAUCAACCGACAACACAUUGAAGAUAUGGGAUCUUAACCGGACAAAUUGCAGUGGAUUAUCUACCGAUUCUUGCAGCCUGACUCUGAAUGGUCAUACCAACGAGAAGAAUUUUGUAGGGCUAUCUGUUAAUGAUGGAUACAUAACUUGUGGCUCUGAAACCAAUGAAGUGUUUUCUUACUACAAAACUUUCCCCAUGCCAAUAACUUCUCAUAGGUUUGGUUCUAUUGACCCGAUAACUGGACAAGUGACAAAUGAAGACAACCAGCAAUUUGUGUCGAGUGUUUGCUGGAGAGGGAAGUCAAACAUGGUAGUGGCUGCCAACUCCAGUGGUAGCAUCAAAGUGCUUGAGCUUGUGUGA